AUGCCUAACACAGAGUACCAGCUCUCACUCAGUACCAGCUCUCACUCAGUACCAGCUCUCAGUCAGUACCAGCCCUCACUCAGUACCAGCCCUCACUCAGUACCAGCCCUCACUCAGUACCAGCCCUCACUCAGUAUCAGCCCUCACUCAGUACCAGCCCUCACUCAGUACCAGCCCCCACUCAGUACCAGCCCUCACUCAGUACCAGCUCUCACUCAGUACCAGCUCUUACUCAGUACCAGCUCUCACUCAGUACCAGCCCUCACUCAGUACCAGCUCUCACUCAGUACCAGCCCUCACUCAGUACCAGCCCUCACUCAGUACCAGCUCUCACUCAGUACCAGCCCUCACUCAGUACCAGCUCUCACUCAGUACCAGCCCUCACUCAGUACCAGCCCUCACUCAGUACCAGCUCUCACUCAGUACCAGCUCUCACUCAGUACCAGCUCUCACUCAGUACCAGCCCUCACUCAGUACCAGCUCUCACUCAGUACCAGCUCUCAGUCAGUACCAGCCCUCACUCAGUACCAGCCCUCACUCAGUACCAGCCCUCACUCAGUACCAGCUCUCACUCAGUACCAGCUCUCAGUCAGUACCAGCCCUCACUCAGUACCAGCCCUCACUCAGUACCAGCUCUCACUCAGUACCAGCUCUCACUCAGUACCAGCUCUCACUCAGUACCAGCUCUCACUCAGUACCAGCUCUCACUCAGUACCAGCUCUCACUCAGUACCAGCCCUCACUCAGUACCAGCUCUCACUCAGUACCAGCUCUCAGUCAGUACCAGCCCUCACUCAGUACCAGCUCUCACUCAGUACCAGCCCUCACUCAGUACCAGCUCUCACUCAGUACCAGCCCUCACUCAGUACCAGCCCUCACUCAGUACCAGCCCUCACUCAGUACCAGCCCUCACUCAGUACCAGCCCUCACUCAGUACCAGCUCUCACUCAGUACCAGCCCUCACUCAGUACCAGCUCUCACUCAGUACCAGCUCUCACUCAGUACCAGCUCUCACUCAGUACCAGCUCUCACUCAGUACCAGCCCUCACUCAGUACCAGCUCUCACUCAGUACCAGCCCUCACUCAGUACCAGCUCUCACUCAGUACCAGCCCUCACUCAGUACCAGCUCUCACUCAGUACCAGCCCUCACUCAGUACCAGCUCUCACUCAUUACCAGCCCUCACUCAGUACCAGCCCUCACUCAGUACCAGCUCUCACUCAGUACCAGCUCUCACUCAGUACCAGCUCUCACUCAGUACCAGCCCUCACUCAGUACCAGCCCUCACUCAGUACCAGCUCUCACUCAGUACCAGCUCUCAGUCAGUACCAGCCCUCACUCAGUACCAGCCCUCACUCAGUACCAGCCCUCACUCAGUACCAGCCCUCACUCAGUACCAGCUCUCACUCAGUACCAGCUCUCAGUCAGUACCAGCCCUCACUCAGUACCAGCCCUCACUCAGUACCAGCCCUCACUCAGUACCAGCUCUCACUCAGUACCAGCUCUCACUCAGUACCAGCUCUCACUCAGUACCAGCUCUCACUCAGUACCAGCUCUCACUCAGUACCAGCCCUCACUCAGUACCAGCUCUCACUCAGUACCAGCUCUCAGUCAGUACCAGCCCUCACUCAGUACCAGCUCUCACUCAGUACCAGCCCUCACUCAGUACCAGCUCUCACUCAGUACCAGCUCUCAGUCAGUACCAGCCCUCACUCAGUAUCAGCUCUCACUCAGUACCAGCUCUCAGUCAGUACCAGCUCUCACUCAGUACCAGCCCUCACUCAGUACCAGCUCUCAGUCAGUACCAGCCCUCACUCAGUACCAGCCCUCACUCAGUACCAGCUCUCACUCAGUACCAGCUCUCACUCAGUACCAGCUCUCACUCAGUACCAGCCCUCACUCAGUACCAGCCCUCACUCAGCCAAUCAGUUCUCGAUGUAUCAACAACAUUAAUUUUUUAA